AGGAGGUUCUCUUUCUGUAACGCCAUCCUGACUGUGGACACCAGUGGAACAUAAUCUACCCCGGGAUGCAGAAGGGAGUUGGGGCACAGGAUGGAGUUGAUAUCCUUAGCUCUCGGGCAUCUGGCAGACGUGCAGUGAAUGGUACCAGGCUGAGGAUACAAAGUGGAACGAGACCGACACUGUCCCCGCAUGUGUGGAGCUCAGUGGAAAGAAACAUUAAGCAAGCCAGCUGCCUAAGAGCCAUCUGGAACUGGAGAUUUCAGAGAGCGGUCUUCAGAACUGUCCAAUUCCUUUGCUUCAGUGUCCUCAUCACUGAACUAGUGAACCAGAAAGGAGUGGCAGCAUGGACCUACAACUACAGCAUCAAACCAUAUUCGUGGGAUUACUCCCGGGCCUACUGCCAGACUUUCUACACGGAUUUAGUGGCCAUCCAGAACAAAAAUGAGAUUGCUUACCUCAACGACGCCAUACCUUACUACAGCUCUUACUACUGGAUUGGAAUCCGAAAGAUAAACAAUAAGUGGACCUGGGUGGGAACCAAAAAGACGCUCACCGAGGAGGCUGAGAACUGGGCUGACAAUGAGCCCAACAACAAGAACAAUGAGGACUGUGUGGAGAUCUACAUCAAGAGUGUGUCAGCCCCGGGCAAGUGGAAUGACGAGCCCUGCUGGAAGAGAAAGCGGGCGCUGUGCUACACAGCCUCCUGCCAGGACACAUCUUGCAGCAAGCAAGGAGAGUGCAUUGAGACCAUCGGGAACUACACCUGCUCCUGCUACCCUGGAUUCUAUGGACCAGAAUGUGAAUACGUCAAAGAGUGUGGAGAACUUGAACUCCCUCAACAUGUACUCAAGAACUGCAGUCACCCUCUGGGAAACUUCUCUUUCAACUCACAGUGCAGUUUCCACUGUGCUGAAGGCUACACAUUGAAGGGACCUCGCGAGCUGGAAUGUUUGGCUUCUGGAAUCUGGACGAAUAAGCCCCCACAGUGUGUAGCUGUCCAGUGUCCACCCCUGAAGACUCCUGAGCAAGGAAGCAUGACCUGCCUCCACCCUGAAGAAGCAUUCCAGUACCAGUCCAGCUGCAGCUUCAGUUGUGAAGAGGGAUUUGCAUUAGCUGGGCCAGAGGUGGUGCAGUGCACAGCCUCAGGGAUGUGGACAGCCCCAGCUCCAGUGUGUAAAGCCAUUGCAUGUGAGCCACCAGAGAGUCCUGCCCAUGGAAGCAUGGACUGCUCCCCAUCUUCAAGAGGAUUUCAGUACAACACCAGCUGUAGCUUUCGUUGUGCAGAGGGUUUCAGGCUGAGGGGAGCUGACACAGUUCGAUGUGCUGACUUGGGACAGUGGACUGCGCCAGCCCCGGUCUGUCAAGCAUUGCAGUGCCAGGAUCUUCCAGUCCCAGACAAGGCCCAGGUGAACUGCUCCCAUCCCUUUGGUGCCUUUAGGUACCAGUCAGCCUGCAGCUUCACCUGUGACAAUGGCUUCUUGCUGGUGGGAGCAAGUGAGCUGCAAUGCUUGGAUACUGGGGACUGGAGUGAUCCUUCUCCGGAAUGCCAAGCCAUUACCUGCACACCUCUGCUAAGCCCUCAGAAUGGAACAAAGACCUGCAUCCAACCUCUUGGAGAUUCCAGUUACAGGUCCACAUGCCACUUCAUCUGUGAUGAGGGAUUCUCCUUAUCUGGGCCAGAAAGAUUGGAUUGCACCCCAUCCGGACACUGGACAGGUUCCCCACCAACGUGUGAAGCCAUCAAGUGCCCAGAACUGUUUGCCCCAGAGCGCGGAAGCCUGGAUUGUUCUGACACUCGGGGAGAAUUCAUCGUUGGCUCCACCUGCCAUUUCUCCUGUAACAAGGGCUUUCGGCUGGAGGGGUCCGACCACGUGGAAUGCACAGCUUCUGGCAGAUGGACAGCCCCUCCACCGACCUGUGAAGACAUAGUAGCAGCUUCUAAUCUGGAGGUGCAAUGUCCAGCCCUCAUCCCUCCAGAGAAGGGAAGAAUGUCCUGCCAGCAUCACCUGGGAAACUUUGGUUUAAAUACCACUUGUCACUUUGGAUGCAAAGCUGGAUUCACACUCAUGGGAGACAGCAUUCUCAGAUGCAGACCUUCUGGACAAUGGACAGCAGCAGCGCCAGCAUGCAGAGCUGUCAAAUGCUCAGAGCUACACAUUAUUGAGCCAAUAGUGAUGAACUGCUCCAGCCCCUGGGGGAAGUUCAGCUACGGAACAACCUGCAGCUUCUAUUGUCCAGGGGGUCAAUCACUUAAUGGCUCAGAGAGAACAGCCUGUCAAGAGAAUGGCUGGUGGUCGACUUCUGUGCCAACCUGCCAAGCAGGGCCACUGACUGUCAAGGAAGCCCUGACUUAUUUUGGUGGAGCAGUGGCUUCUACAACAGGUUUAGUGGUGUGUGGGACGCUCCUGGCUCUGCUAAGAAGGCGGUGCAGACAAAAAGAUGAGGGGGAAAGUCCCUUGAAUCCUCAAAGUCUCUGGAGGAACUCUGUGCAGGAUUGUGGUCAAGAACUGAGCAUCAUAUGGAAGGUCAUCCUUGUGUUUCUGUUCUUCAGCCACCCAGGAAAAUAUGGAGUUUUUACAAAUGCUGCCUUUGACCCCACCCCUUAAGAGAACUGUCCUCUUGGUCACCUCACUCAACCUCUACAGGAUCCUAGUUUUGAACUUCAGGCUUCCUGAUAGACUUGACUGUAACUGUUGCAUAUUUGCUGCAGUUUUCUGUAAAUAUUUGUGAAUAAAGGACAUGGAAUUUCCUUUAGAGUAGCUCUGGAACAGAGCAGAAGGAUUGUACCACAAGCCCACCCUCUCCACCCCCCACCCCUUCCUGCUUCAUUUCCUCUUCCUCUGACAUGAGCCUCAGAAGCUAGGACGGAAUGUUUCCUUGGUUGGUCUGCGGGCUUUGCCCCAGCUGUCACCUGAGAUACUAAUUAGCUAGAGCCGGGAACAUCUGACUCACCAGAAGACCAGGCUGUGUAAAAAUAAAAUUGCCUCUUUACUUUGGGGUUGGAGGAAGGCAUCCUCUACUUUGUUGGAAGGCAGGUGGCGUCUCUGACUUGAGGGAGUUUCUGGAGGAUCUCCUGGGGUCUUCAGUGCUUGCUAUUUGUGAAGUCUUUUAAACCUCUGCUGUAAGGUUUCCAGAGAAGCAUCUGGAUGGCACCAGAGGCUGCAGAUGACCAAGAAUUAAGACAGGGAGGUACACAUCACUCUCCCCCAAAGAACCCAAAGACUGAUAUUCAAAUUUCUAAAUAAAAUGAUUCACCCAAA